AUGAGAACGUCACAACUCCUGAGCGUCGGCCUGCCGCUGCUGGUUUCGCAGGCGCGGGCCCUCAACUUUACCAUCUCCAACGGCCAGAUAUUCACACCCGGCCCUGCCGUCCUCGAUGCCCCGCAACCGGGUACGCCGAUGGGCGGAGCCCUCGACGUCUCGGCCAACGGCAAGCUGCCGCUGCCGGAGCAGCUGGCGCCGGACAGCCCGAGCCGCAUCUGGAACAUCACCAUGUUCCUCUACAGCUACCAGACGGGCAAGAACCUGACCAUCAGCAACGGCACCGUCGCGGCGCCGAGCCUCGACCCCAAGUUCAACGCCACCGUCGGCGACAUCAUGCGCCAGGAGCCCGGCAGCACGGUCAAGCACAUCAACUGGCAGUGGCCGGGCUGCCUCGUGGGCAACGGCCAGCCCAAGGACGCCGGCAGCGACCGGGGCGUGUACAACAUCUCCAUCCGGCAAAACUUCCGCCUCAACGGCCGGGACCACUACACGGUCUUCGACGUGCCCAUCUCCGUCACCAACGAGAUCCGCGCGGGCCUCUUCCGCCCCUCGUGCGACGAGCUGGCCAACCCCAUGAUGACGCCCGAGCAGAUCGACGCCCCCGCCGCCAACGCCGCCGGCAUCAUGUUCGCGCCCGGCGACGCCACGCAGGUCGAGGCCAAGGGCGCCAACGGCAAGGACAGCAAGGACGGCAAGGACGUCAAGGGGCUGGGCAGCGGCGCGGGCGCGGUCAAGGCCAGUACUGCUGCUACUGUGUGGAUGGGUCUGGCGGGUGCUGUGGCUGCGUUUCUGGUGUGA